AUGGAAAAUCAAAAAAAGCAAGUCAAAAUAUUAGUUUGCUGCGGUAUCAAAGGACAUAUAACGUCAUUUAUUGACCAUAUAGAAGCAUUGUUUGCUAAAAAAGGCGCGUUUGACUAUGUGUUUUGCAUAGGCGAUUUUUUUGGAGACGAUGAAUCCUGUGAAAAAGAAUGGGAAGAGUUUAAAAAGUCUGGCAAAUCUAUUUCAGUUCCUAUUUAUACAUUGGGACCAAAUAAGAUACAGCAUGAAAAAUAUUUCAAGAAUUUAAAACAUCAACAGUUAGCACCGAAUAUUUAUUAUCUUGGUAAAGAUGGAAUAUUUACAACUUCUGAUGGCCUUAAAAUAGGAUAUAUCAGUGGAAUACAAAACAAUAGUAGUAAAGAAAAUGAAAUCCAUACAUUCAAUUACGAUUCUCUCUCUCAGUUCAGAGAUUCUUGUAUUCGAGCUGGAAGUACGUCAUUGGAUGUACUAUUAACUUCACCAUGGCCGUUAGACAUUCGUAACAAAGAGCGAAUUCUUGAAAACAUUAAUGUUAAGGAACCAACAGAAAAAGAAAGUGAAUCUCAACUUUUAUCUUGGGCAGCUAUUAAUUUAACUCCACGUUAUCACUUUGCUGGAUUGCAAGGAGUGUUCUAUCAGCGUAGUCCCUACAAAAAUACCAAUAGUAAAACAGUAACUCGGUUUAUUGGUUUGGGUGAUUAUCAUGACAAUAAAAUAAAAAAACAAAAAUGGCUCUAUGGCUUUGUUUUAUCACUAGCAGAAUUUACUGCACCAAAUUCAAUGAACUAUACCGUCACCGAAUCGCCAUUUGCUGAUAAUAUAUCUCAAUAUACUGCUAAUAUGUUGCCAGUUUCAAAUCAGUAUUUUUAUAAUACAAGCACUAACAGCAAUUAUACAAAAAAUGAUCAAACUAAAAAAAGAAAAUUUGAUGGACAACCAAUCAGACAAUCUAUUGAUAUAAGCUCAGAUUCUUGCUGGUUUUGUUUGUCGAGUAAAAAUAUUACUAAGCAUUUGAUUGUAUCUAUUGGGAAUCAGGUAUACCUAUCAGGCAUUAAGGGUCCAUUGGUCAAAGAACAUAUACUAGUGGCUCCAAUUGAACAUUACAAAUCACUUGCUGAAGUACCACCAGAAACAGAAAAUGAAAUAAAUCUGAUUAAAAGUUCUUUAAAUCAGUAUUUUGAAAGCACAGGCCGGGUAGCAGUUUAUUUUGAACGUAAUAUUUUAUCUGCUCAUUUUCAAUUACAAGUGGUUCCAAUUCCUAUCAGAAUGGCAGAUCAUCUUGAGAAUAUGUUUAAAGCUAAAUUUAAAGAAUAUGAUCUCAAUUUGGUAGACAUUCCACCAGCCGCAUCGUUACGUCAAAUAGCUGGGAACAGUGAAGGCCAUUACUUUUGUACAGAGUUGCCUAACGGAAAACGUUUGUUUCAUAGUGCUGCCAAAAAAAGUGGUCAUCGGCCAAAAUUUCCAAUUCAUAUUGCAAGGGAAGUGUUGGCGUCUCCAAAAUUAUUGAAUGUUGAAAAUCGUAUUGACUGGAGAAAAUGUGAGCAAUCCGUUGAUGAAGAAGAGAAUGAUGUCAAAAUGUUUCGUGAUGCUUUUGAAGCUUUUAAUCCAAUAAAAGAUUAA